UAUCAGGAUUCACCGAACUCAGCAGUCCUGCCUCACUGCUCUCCGUGCCACUUUAUUCCCUGGAGAUUUGAAUCCUAACUCAUUAAAGGACUACUGCUAAAUAUUUUCAGCAGUCUACCUGCUGUUUGUUGGAGGCAGCCGCAGGGUCUCAACUGAAGUUGCGCACGGACGUCUAUCUGCGGGGUGAGGUAGGAGGUGUUUGAACGCACUCUCCGCAGAUUUGUCAGGAGCGGGGUUGGAAACUCUGGGUUUUGACACGACUUUCAGCGCAGACAAGCGGGAUGUCAGUUGGACCUGAAACUCUCUUCACUGAUGGAAAAUGACUGCGAGCAUCGGCGAGCUUUCCAUCAUGGCGAGGAGAUGCCCCGUCACUUUCAAACCAUUCAGGGUCUUUGUAGCUGGGGUCGGCUUCUUCAGCCUUUGCUUUCUAAUGACCUCUCUCGGGGGCCAGUUCUCAGCCAAGCGACCCGGAGACUCCCCGUUCACCACCCGAGCUGAAGUUCUCAGUGGCCAGGAAUCUCGUGGGGUGUUGAGAAAAAUCAGUGACAUGUUGGAGAUGAUUAUGAAAAGGAUGGAUUCAAUGUCUAAGCUAGGCAACACCACUGACACCCACAGACUGGAUGAACUCAGCUCUGCCCUGGACAGGAUUCAGCCAAUGGGGCUGGUGGACCGGAUCCAGGCCAUAGCCCAGAACAUGUCCGACAUGGCAGUGCGGGUGGAGCAAAUCCUACAGCGCAGCAUGGCCAACAGCCGAGGUAAAGAUGGGAUCUUUGGAUCCUGUGAGACUCCCAAGGAUCCCCAUUAUCCAGACUGCACCAACAAGAUGGAUUGGAUGCGUGCUCGCUGGACCUCGGACCCCUGCUACACAUUUUACGGGGUCGAUGGCUCCGACUGCUCCUUCCUCAUCUACCUAAGUGAAGUGGAGUGGUUCUGCCCCCCACUGCCCUGGAGGAACCAAACUGCUACACCCACUCUGAAGCCUCUUCCCAAAAAACAGGCUGCUUUCCAGUCUGACAUUGGGACUCUGCUGGAGCAGGUGGGAACCGGGAAGGAGUCUCUGAGCUUCAUGAGGAGACGCAUGCGCAGGCUGUCGGCGCAGUGGGCCUCUGCUGCCCGGCGGCUAGAUGAGAAACUCCACAGCCACUGGAGAGAGCAGAAAAGGAUUCUAGUCCAUGUUGGCUUUCUGACGGAGGAGUCUGGAGAUGUUUUCAGUCCUAAGGUACUGAAGGGAGGGCCUCUGGGUGAGAUGGUGCAAUGGGCCGACAUUCUCACUGCUCUCCAUGUGCUUGGACAUAUAGUCAAAAUCUCGGUUUCUCUCAAAGAACUGCAUGGGUUUUUGGGUGUCCCACCUGGAAGAGGAAGCUGUCCCCUAACAGGACCUUUACCUUUUGACCUCAUCUACACAGACUACCAUGGAUUGCAGCAAAUGAAGCAGCACAUGGGGCUUUCUCUAAGGAAGCACAAAUGCCACAUCCGAGUGAUUGACACCUUCGGCACAGAGCCUGCUUACAACCACGAGGAGUAUGCCACGCUUCACGGCUACAGAACCAACUGGGGUUACUGGAACCUUCAUGGCCAGCAGUACAUGACCAUGUUUCCCCACACCCCAGACAACUCUUUUAUGGGUUUUGUGGCAGAGGAGCUGAAUGAGACUGAGAGGAUGUUUAUUCAGAGAAACAAAGUCAACAACAUGGCUGUUGUGUAUGGUAAAGAUGCAGGCAUGUGGAAGCUUCAAGGAAAGGAAAAUUUCCUGGCAGUCCUUCAUCAUUACAUGGAGAUCCAUGGUACAGUGUACUAUGAGACGCAGCGCCCCCCAGAGGUCCCUGCAUUUGUCAAGAAUCACGGCCUGCUGCCUCAGCAGGAAUUACAGCAGCUCCUCAGAAAAGCAAAGCUAUUCAUUGGAUUCGGCUUCCCAUAUGAAGGCCCUGCUCCGUUGGAAGCAAUAGCCAAUGGCUGCAUUUUUCUGCAACCUAAGUUUAAUCCUCCUCACAGCUCUCUUAAUCAUGAGUUCUUCAGAGGGAAGCCCACCUCCAGAAAGGUGUCCUCUCAGCAUCCCUACGCAGAGGAGUAUAUCGGCAGGCCGCAUGUCAUCACCAUUGACUUCAAUAACUCUGAAGAAUUCAAUGCAGCCAUCCGUGAGAUCAUGAAGAUCAAUGUGGAGCCAUUCCUGCCCUAUGAGUAUACAUGCGAGGGAAUGCUUGAAAGGGUUCAUGCCUACAUUCAGAAUCAGGACUUUUGUUCACCUGAGGUUCCAUUUCCCCCAGUAAACACAUCUUGGGCUGCGCUUAGAGGUCCCUUUCUCCCUUUGCCAAGCUCCAAAAUGCUAACAUGGGCCUCCAACGCCAGCUCCUUCCCGUCAUGGCCUCCUCUUACUGCACUACGGCUUUUGACAUCGCUAAAAGGCCAGUCGUGCAUUGAAGCUUGCCAAAGUGAAGGACUAAUCUGUGAACCUGCCUUGUAUCGUUUUAUCAACAUCAAAGAAGCAUUUAGCGCGUUGGACCUCCAGUGUGAGGGAGUGGAAUCUGAGAUGAACCACCUGUUACCCGCCUUCUCUGCAGAGCAUGCUGAAUGCAGUCUACAGCAUGAUCCACUGUUGUUUAGCUGCGCUGGCUCUAGCCCCAAAUAUCAACGCCUUUGCCCCUGCAGGGACUAUCGGAAAGGACAGGUGGCACUGUGCAGGGACUGCCUAUGACCCAGGACGGCCCAGUUCAGGGAGCUUUUUUAAAAUCUUUCUUGUCAAAAUCCAAAAUAUCUAAGUGGAUACACUUAAAAUAGAAGACUUUGAGGUGAAAGAGCUGUACUGCAUAAAUGGCAAUUUGGCUCACCUAUCACUGUCCUUGGUCUUGCUGCUAAGAGUUUCAUUAACCUCUCAGGGAUCUGCAUGAUUGUAUUUUUGAUUUUAAUACUUACAAACAUCCACCUUGUGGAUACAGUAUGACCACAACCACCACUAAAAAAAGUAUCUGUAAUUUCACAGAUGACUUUGUACAGAAACCAUCAGCAAUCUGUUAAUGUUGUUUUGUUUUCUUUAGGAAUUGUUGUAAAUGUGUUUUUAUGUGAAACCUCAUAUCUUGAGGAAUGGAUAUGUGUACAGAUGCACCCAAAGACAUUAUCAUUUAGAGAUGUACUAUUUUACAUGUUCUGUGGAAAAUAUAUUUGUACAUACAGUAGUUGUUGUUUAAUAAAACAAAAGAGCAA